CUGGCGUUCUGGGUGCUGGGCGCUGUCGUGGGACUCUGCCUCCCCCGGCCAAAGUGGUUGGCCACGGGGUCUCCCUUUGCGACAUCGUCAUUCUACAGUCCGGCUGGCUUGCUCGUGCGACGACUGUCUUUGUGUUUCCAAGGCUUUUACAUUAUCAGGGAAAUAUGGAAUCAUUUUACCUCGCCGGGCACGUUUCACGCCCUCAUGCUGGCAGUGCAAGGCCUGCUGUCAGGGACCGGCUGGCACUAUGUGCCUCCUCAGAAGAGGGCACACAAGUUGCGCAAGCUGAGACACAAGAAGAGCAGCGAUGCCCAGCAGAAAUCGGGGUCCUCGGACCCUAUCAGCUGGUACGUGGGUGAUGAGGACAUGGAAUUCUUCAAGGAGAGGCUUGAGGUGCCGGCGGGCUCUGGCCCCUGGGAGCACAUGAUGACCAAGGACUUUGGCACCUUCACAUAUGAAGCCUGGCGCCGGACCCUUGCGGACGGCAAGACAGAGUACAAGAGUGUGACAGUGGCAGAAGACUCCACUGCGGAAGAGUUCAUGGACUUCUACCUGGACGACCACACCCGCACCAAAUGGGAUACGAUGAUCUCGGAGCACGAGAGCCUGGAGGUGGGUGACGGCAGGCAGCGCUGCCAGGUGGUGCGCUGGGUGCGCACGUUCCCAUUCUCCUUCCUGUCCAAGCGCGAGUACAUCAUCGGCCGCCGCAUGUGGCGCGGCCCCGAUGGCUGCCUCUUUGGCAUCACCAAGAGCAUCGACCACCCUCGAGCGCCGCCGGCGAGGGGCAUCGUGCGGAUGGAUGUGUUCUGGUCCAUGUGGCGCUCGCGCACCAUCCCCUGCCCCCACGGCAGCGGCCGGCCAGCCUGCGAGACCGUGCUCAUCCACCACGAGCAGUUCAAGAUCCCUGAGAACCUGGCGCGCUUCGCCGUGCGCCACGGCAUGAGCGGCUUUGUCAAGAAGAUGGGCCCCGCCGUCUGCGAGUUCGUCGCCGACCGCCGCAAGCGCAUCGCGCCGUUUGAGGAUGAUCCGGAGGCUUUUGGAGCGAGCGGCGUGCCCAACCCGCCCUCCCCGCCCUCGCGCUCGCCCUCGAUGGGGUCGACAGAGUCCCUGCUGGACAGCGCGUUCGAGACGUCCUCUGAGCCCAGCACCGCGCCCAGCUCGCCCUCAGGCGGCCAACGGCGCGAGCGGCGGCCGCAGUGGAGCGGCGAGCGUGAGCGGAGGGGGCCCCUCCGGCGGCUGCAGCAAGUCAACGCUGCGGUGAUUGCUGCCGGGGUCGCCUUCGCGCUCGGCCGCUCCACCAGCCGCGGCCGGAUGCUAUGAAGGAUCACAGGAGAUCGGUGUGCGGGCGCAUGGUACUGUGAUAUGGCUUUGGGUUGCGGCGGGGAUGGGUGUCCUCCCCGUCACGAUGCAUGGCCGUGAGCGUGUUGACAGGCAGUGGAGUUGGUUUCAGCUCAUGGACAAGGGGUGUGAGGAUUUGCAAUCAUAUUAAUUACGUGUGAGAGGGAGAGCGAGUGCGAAUCUGCGUUUUGAUAAUUGCGGCAGGUGGCCUUGCAUGCUAUGGUGCUAUAAGUUUGCUCGUGAUGCCAGCAUGAGAAUCUGACAUUGACCGCAAAUGGCAAUUUUUGAGAAUGACCCAGGCGUUUGUGGCAAGGCAAGUUUGGCUGGGUGGGUCCUUGAGGCGUCCCUCUAUUUUGAGCCCCAAUAUCAGCGUGCAAUUUUGUGGAUGAGUUUGUUUUUGAAAGGAACAAAGGAUUGUGUGAUAGAUGUAUAGGAAACUCUUUUUUGCAUGGAGUAUAGGGCCCAAAAGAAUAAAGUUUUUACUGUGUAUUAGGCUGUUUUGAUGUUCCCAUAUACAUACGUCUUAGGGAUAUCUCUUUUGUAUAGCGCCUCAUGAUCAAGGCACGGCCGAUACUUGGCCAAAUUUUGGUGUGAACUAGGACCCUUCUCGUAUAUAUCCGAUUUUUGGUGUAUUAGGACUGAACCCCUGCAUCUUGUGUGUGCCUAGUGGCCUGGGCGUGCUGAGGGCUGUCAUUGCAGGGCCUGCGCGCCAUCAGGAUUUUGAGAUGCGCACAGGCAGGGUUUCAAGUUUUGUGACAUGGGAGUGCAGCUCCCAGGGGUUUUGUAGGUGUGCAUUAGGAUGUCCUCAUACCAGACUCUCACAAAAGCCAUUCUAUUCCAGUUGUGUGGUCUGGAACUGAUCUGCCUGUUUCUUGGUUCUCCGUGUGGGUCCAGCUAGCUCAGGGCCCAGUCCCAGCCGAAUUCAGCCUUGACUAUCCUAUAGAAUACAGCCUGUUGUCUCUAUGCCACAAUUCCUGUAUCGAUGUGGUGAGUAAUGGAAGGAUGCUGCAUCUGAGGUCAGCGUAUUGUAAGCUCGUUGCAACACC